AUGGUUCAGAACGGAGGUGACUUCGACCUCGACAUCGACAUGGCUACCGACGUCACGGCCGAACAGCUGCUCACUCAGCUUGGUCAACUCCAGCAGCGGGUUCAGGAGUUGGACCAGAGAGACAAGGCUGCUCAAGCUCGAAUCAAGGAACUCGAGAACCGCGAAAAGUACUCGCAGAAGUUGGAAAUUGCAGCCAUCGACGAAACCACCAAGGACGUCAUCGAAGUAGCGGCCACGAGCUACGAAGACAAGGGCAGUGACACGGACAGUCUCGGACACGACGGCAACGGUGAAGACGAACAAGCACCGAACUCCGAACUGGUCACUAUGGAUCCAGAGACAGGUCUUGCCGAAUGGGACAUGGCAGGAGAAUAUGCACCGCCAGCUUCGAUUCUCCCGGCCUUAGGACAGUGGGGUUUCACGCAGAGCGAUGAGAUGAAGGACGAAAUGAGGGAACUCCGACGUAUUGUAGAAACUAUCAAAGGAGAACAGCCCGUGAUAUAUGAUAGGCCUGAUAGCUACACCAAGCAUCUUGACGGCCAGCAACUUAGCAACAACGUACAGAACCCAGAAUACCAGUUCAUGCGAGCGAACCGCGGAAAAGACAAACCAUUAGAGUACCUACGGUCCACGUACAAUGGGAAGGAUUCGAGAAAGAAUUCCAAUACCUUCCAGGCGACGCCACGCGACUACACCCGCGACACGAGGCACAUGCACAAGUGCCCUGGUUCUAGUGUGUGGCACACGAAUGCCGAUAUCACUUCCGCGACAAAUUCGAAAACAAUCACUGGCCGACCCGACAGGAAAACAGGGACGGAGACUUAUGCCCUAUAG